AUGCCUAACAAGUUGCGAGAUAUCCGCUCUGAGUAUCAAGGCUCCUCCCCAUACAUCGUCGAACGAAACGUUUCUGUGCCGUUGGCGGACGGCGGCGUCGUUCGAUGUAACGUUUAUAUGCCGCUGGGGGCCCGGACGGGCUGCAAAUACCCUGUGAUUGCGACCUACGGCCCAUAUGGCAAAGACGUCCACUAUCAGCAAUUUCACCCAGCAAGCUUUGCACAAGUACCAGAUGAGCAAAAGACGGACGACUCUGGCUUUGAAUUACCCACUCCAUUGUACUGGACAUCCCAUGGCUAUGUGGUUGUACGCGCAGACGAGAUUGGAUCAGGCCAGAGUCCCGGUAUAUUGAGUGUCUUCUCUCCACGUAUGCUUCACGCCUUUCCAACGGUCAUAGAGUGGUCAAGUGAGCAAAGCUGGUCUACGGGCAAAGUGGGAUUGCUCGGCAUUAGCUACUAUGCUACAACUCAGUGGUAUGCUGCUGCACAGAGUCCAAAAGGACUUGCCGCGAUCGUUCCAUGGGAGGGCUUCUCAGAUCUCUACCGUGAUUUCAUUCGCCACGGCGGUAUCUUGAACAACUUCUUCUUCAGUGUUUGGUUCGAUCGUCAAGUCAAAUCCAAUCAGUACGGCCGAUCAGGAAAGGCAGGUCGCAACUGGGGUCCAGACACUAUUGAAGGGGAUCUUUCCGAAGAGGAGCUUGUCACGACUCUGACAAAUAUUGGCGAGGAAGCCAAGAACGCCCCCUAUGCAGAUCAUCCCAUGUUUGCCUCAAUGAACAUCAACUUCGACGAUAUUACUGUUCCACUUCUUAGCGUCGGUAACUUUGGUGGCACAGGCUUGCACUUGCGGGGCAACAUUUUCGCAUACACACAUUCUGCCUCGGAGUUUAAAUAUCUACGCUUUAUCAGUGGUCGACACGAUCUUCCAUUCUUUCUUCCUGAUGAGGUCGAGACUCAGAGGAGCUUCUUGGAUGCAUUCUUGAAGGGUGAAGAUCGAGAAGGCUGGUCACAGAAGGGCAAAUUACCACCAGUCAGCCUUCUGCUUCGCAAGGGCAAUCCAGGGCACAAUGACAUCGCGGCAGAAGCCGCGAGCUUUUUCCGGCGAGAAGAAUUCGAGUGGCCAAUCGCCAGAACACAGUACAAGAAGCUCUACUUGACCUCUGAUUUACAGCUGUCGUUCGACGUACCCUCCAAUAUAACGACGAAAGUGACGUAUCCAGCGCUGGAUUGGACCACUGCAGGUCAUUCGGUCUCGUUCAGUACUGCCCCCUUUGACAACGAAAUCGAAAUUACAGGCCACAGCGUUCUACACCUGCGAGUCUCUGUCUCUGGGGUGCUCCAGAAUCCUUGUCCAGCUGACAUCGAUAUCUUUGCCACUCUGCGGCACUUCACAGCGGAUGGCGAGCAAGUGUUUUACACAGGAACAACUGGUCAGCCUGUUGCUGUCACUGUCGGCUCCUUGAGAGUCAGUCAUCGCAAAGUGGAUACAAGCCAUCGUUACCACCGAGUUUGGCAGCCUUACCGAUCUUAUCUAUCGUCAGAUGUCCAACCCGUGGUUCUCAACGAAAUCUACGAUGUUGAUAUCGAAAUUAUGCCUACAAAUGUUGUGAUCAGCAAAGGCGGAAGACUGGUCCUCGAGAUCGGGUCCAGUGAUCCGGACCACACAGAUGUUUUCAAACACAAUGACCCACAAGAUAGGAAGCAAGGUGUAUUUGGUGGCAAGAACAACAUUCACUUCGCACCAGGUGCACAUAACUACCUUACAAUUCCAGUCAUUCCAGAAACGGACGUGGUGAUCGUAUGA